UUUUUUAUGUCUUUUUAACUCUGACAGUUCUUUCAAUUCAGGUAUUUUUCGUAAAACUUUUUAAUGCAAAAUAUAAGAAUAUUUUCAUUUGAUCACACAAUAUUCUCUCAUUCUGAUAAAAAUAUAAGUAUGUAGGUAUGUAUCCGUGUCCAUCUCAGUCGCUUCAGCUGUUUUACCAUGAAAUCUAAUAAAGCCAAAAAUAUUAUUUUUUGUAGAUCUACCAUAUUGGUCAGGAUUUUUAAAAGAGCACAUGGCUAAGCAAAGUUCCUAUAGCAAAGCAUCGAUUGAUCAAAAAAAUAUUUAAGCAUAAGUGACUAAUCGUACCUUCUUACAGACAGAAUCCUUGAACAUGACAGCCACAGAAGCACCAAUUAAGGCGCCCAAGGUGGAAUCAGCUAUUAAAGUAGUGUUAAGAACAAUGAAUCUAAACAAUACGAACGAACAAGAAUGGCUGGCUUUUGAGACUGUACUUGGACCUAAACAUCAAUAUGAAAAUGAGUGUGCUGCAGAAUCGUGUCAAUCAAGGUGUUACAAGACUAGUUGUGAUAGUGUGUGUACGGGAGAUACCUGUGCUUCUGGGUGCGUGGGAGUAAGCUGCAAUGCUGUGUGCAAGGCUUCAGGUUGUUUUGCUAUGGUAUGUAAAAGAGGAUUGCUAUCUUUUGUACUUCUUCAGCACGUGGCUAAUUUAUAUUUAUGAUUUCGUAACAGAAACUUCUUUUACUGUAAUUUACCCAAAAGAUAUGAUAAUAAUGCGGCGUAGUAACAUGACUACGACGUAGCAUCGUAACAAAAGAAAAUCAAAAUGUGACAUAAUUAUGCCCAAGUUCUCUGCAUAAACGUCAGUCUUUAAACAACUGUUUACUACGAACUUUCACGUUCAGUUAUCAAAGAACUGAGAUCUCUGGUCUUUUUUUUUAACAACGUCAAAAAUCGUCAAAUGAUCCUCCAGCUGUGGGUUAGCAGCGGUGAGAGAGUGUCAGACUCUUACUGACUAAAAACCGUCGUGUUCCGUCAUAGGCCUUUUAUGUACCAGGGCCGCAGUAACUUUUUCAAACAAACCCGCAGCCCCGGCAGGACGUCUCUGUGGCCUGAGGUUUAUAUAAUGGAAAAAUCGAGAGAUCGCCGAAAUGAGAUGAAUCUUUCAAGUUACAGAAUUAUUCCUAGAAUAUAGAAGAAAAUGUAUUAUUAAUGUAAUCUAUUAAAGAACAAAGUCAAAUGGUUCCUAUGUAAACGUCAAACGUUUAUUUUCAAUUUCAGUGCAUCGGCGAGCAAUGUUCAGCGAAGGUAUUUUAUUUUCAAUAUACUUCCUCUAGUUCCUACAUUGUUAGCGUACUGAGAAUUUUAGAUUUUAACGAAUAAUUCCUUUACAAAACCGCAACUUUUAUACAUAUUUCGAUUAAUCAAUUUAUACUAUGCAUACAGAUAUACCCACUUAAAUAUAACUAAGCUUUUUUAUUAUUUUUUUCCGACACUCAAAAGUUUGAUAGAAUUCACCUUCAAAAUGAACUAUCAACCAACUUAAGUAGUCUACUUCUGUUAAGUCUUUUUAUCGUCCCACUGCUGGGCAUAUUCCUCCUCUCACACGGAGAAGGAUUGAGCAUUAAUCACCACGCUUGCUCAAUGCGGGUUGGUGAUUUCAGACUAUAGUCCUCAAGAUGUUUUCCUUCACCUUUUUAUCAGCCAUUGGUGUCUAAGAUAGAAAGUACAUAUAUCAGUACUCUGGACUAUAAAGUCUGUAAUCUCCAAUGAUAGGAGGCCGCAGCCCAGCGUUGGAAUGAUAAAAAGGGCUGAUGAUGAUGUGUUUAAGCCAAAAAGUCAGACAGGCAGUCUUACCUAGGGGUAUUAGGUUGACCGGGUAACUGAAUUGAUUAGUCAGAUAGGCAGUCGCUCCUUGUAAAAUACUGAAAUUUAUCUGCGUUGUGUUAGACUGGAUGCCGACUCAAACAUAGCUGGGAAAAGGCUAGGCAGAUGAUGAUGAUGAUGUGUUUAAAAAAGACCAGCCCGUAUUUCUUUGUCCGAAAUGAAACCUACAUACGCGAGAAACAAAACUGCAUUCAUGUUGUCCUGCAUUGCAAUAUAUACCGAAGUGUACUGUAUAUAUUGUUUAUAUUGGAUUGCAGUGCGAAGGCCUGAACUGCGAGUCCAGGGUAUGUACGGAAUCCAAUAGUUGUAGUGUUUAUUUUGUUCAGUAGCUACCGAGAAUUUUAUUUGCAGCAACCUGAUUUUUUUUGUACAUUUUUCAUCAAUUAUAUUGGAAAAUAGCUUUUUAAUUCUGUUGAUUUUUGAACAUAAUUUUGUUUAGCGGGAGUUUAUGUUACAAAAAUAUAUAUCCGUUUUCUAUUUAUUUUUUUAAAACGAAGUGAAAUUUUAUCAAUAUCGGUAAUUAUAUUACAGGAAUCAUUAAAUAUAUUUCAGUUAAAAUGACACAUAUUUGAACUGUUUUUGAGCACAAAAUAUUUAUUUUAGUCUAGUAAUAAUAUUAACAUUACCAUAUUUUUGGCCCUUUGUAUUGGUUUAAUUAAAUAGUGAAAUUUUAACAAUAUCAGUAUAUUACAAGACUAGUUAUCUAUAAUAUGAAGUUAAAUGUAGUGUAGACAUAUUUUAUCCGUAUUAAAAAACUGUAAAACGAUCCAUAUUAUAAUUACGAACAGUUUCAAAAGAGUCAAGAGACAGAGCGUCCAUUAUAUGCAUCAAUAAGAAUUAACGAGGCGUUUCUUUUCCAAUAUUUUCUGUACAAUAUACUGUCAUUGCUUCGAACAUUUUUAAUGGAAAGUUAAUAACUGUUAAUAAAUUACUAUUGAAAGUAAAAUUUUACGGGAAAGUGGUCUGUUUUUGUUCUUUUUGCAGUGUUGGGGCAAGAAUUGUGAAGCAACUGUGAGUAUUCUAAUGCUAACUGUUUCACGCGGUUUUGCUCACGUACUGUGGAAUCUUCUUGUAUUCGUAUGAAAUAUACUAUAUGUCAACCGGGCAUAGUUAAGCCUUAUAUCAGUGAAAUAAUUUUUCAAAAAGUAGUUUCGGAGCCUUACAAAAAAACCAAAAACUCCUCAUUAUUAUAUAAGUAUAAAAGAAUAGAUUAUAAAGUGGAAAACAUGAGUGCUAUUUAUGAUUUUAUAUUGAAGAGUUUAUUUGUUGGAACGAGCUAACCUCGGGAAAUACUGGAUCACUUUUUAAAAUAUUUUCAGUGUUAGAUCAUUUAUCCGGGUGCGGAUAUGCAACUGUUGGAGAAAGCUAGUAUAUUUUAAGUUCUCUGGUUUCUCAGUUAGAUUAUUGGCAGUUUCUUUUUCCCUCAAAUAAAGUAAUUUUAAAAUCAUACAAGAAUAUAGCAACAUGUAGAAAGAAAAAUAUUGUGUGUUCCACAAAGCUGUCGAACACACAAUAUGUUUCUAUCGUAAAAGAGAUGUGUCAAUAUUAUAUAAGAAUCAUGUUGAAUAAAUAUUCGAUAUUCGUGCGUUCCUUUAUAUUUGUAGCUAGGUAAAUUUUUGCGGGUUUCCUUGUCUUGCAGAUAAAAUCUGUAUUUAAUUCUAGUUGCCUAGCAAACUUCGUAUCGUUUAAACAUUCUCUGGACUUCUGCAAACAUUUUUAAACCAAAAUAAGGCAAAUUGGUCCAGCCAUUCUUGAUUAGUAUAAGAAGCUGAAGACUUUAUAUUUAUUGUUUUUCUGAACGUGCUAAUCUCAGGAACUACUGGUCCAUAGCCCAUUUAUUGAGAAAGGCUAUAGGUAACUUUUUGUCCGAGUGUGUCAAACAGUUCCCACGGGAUGCAAGUGAAACUGCGGGCGGAAACUAGUAAAAUAUUGUCUCAUUAAUAAUUUACAGAAACAUCUAUGAAAAUAUUUUCCGCUAUCCUGUAUAUGACGUUCAUUAUAAAGUUUUCAUGUAACUUGUUUCGGACAAUUAAUUUCGACAAAGAAUACAUAAUUAAUAUGGGCUUGAUAUGACAUCACUUAUAAAUUAUAAAAUUCGAAGCUUAUUUUUUGUAGGCUUUUUAAUUGUCAGUAUGAAAAAUGAGCUGUUCCGUGUAACUGGUUUGGAUAAAUUGUAGGCAGUACUAUGACUCUAUUUUUAUUAAUUUUUUUAUUAAUGUGAAAAAGUAUUUUAAAAAUAUUUUCUUAUAUAUACCUGUAGUUAUAUAACAAUCUAUAGAGGGUAUGGGCAUUAAACACCAUAUUUAGGAACUAGCUUCCGCUUGCGGUUUUAGCCACGUUCCUUGAAAAAUACUCCACGGAAACCGAUGAAAAGUAGCCUAUAGCCUUCCUGGAUAAAUAGGCUUUCUGACAAUCAUUUUUUUUUCAAAUCCUACAAGUUAUUCCAGAGAUUAGCACAUAUAAACAAACUCUUCACCUUGAUAACGUUGAUACUUGUAGAUUACCUUGUAACUAAGACAGUGACAUUGUAACAUUUUCAGUGCAAAAUGCUCUCGUGCGCAUCCACGGUGAACGGCGGCUCGAGCAAGUUAAACAACGCGACCUGGAACGACUUGUACCCUCAAUACGACUACAGGUUCUCCAACCCUGAUGUUCCUGAUGUCCGUCAGCAAGGACAGGCAGCAGCACCACCAGAAUAUGAAGAAGAAUGAAGAAGAACAUGGAAGACAAAUCCUUUAAUAAAUAAAAACUAUAUAAAAGUAGACACAUAAAAGUCAUAACACACACAAGCAUACACACAAACGCACACACCCAUUCACACCGACACUCACAUGUACACUAAUUUAUAUGUUUUUAAAUAUAAUUAUAAUUUAUUAAUAAGCUAGUAUAGUUAUCGGCACGAAUCUUGAGCUCUAACCUACAUCUGCGCAAAAGUGAUUUAUUAGCAAAGAACCAAUCCUGAGUGACGGCUAUAGCCCGCCCCCGCGCCUCACUUCAUACCACAUAAGGGACCCAAUAAAUUACUUCUGCGAGGUCAGAGCUCAAGAUUUGUGCCGAUAACUAUAGUAAAACUCUCCUACUUUUUCUUUAAGCUAAGCCUAUAGGGUCCAUACUGUCACUAAUCUAAAUGUACCACCUGUUAUAACAUAUGGAAUGCUAAUAAAGAAUAAAAUUGUGUAUUGAGAAUAACUCCUUAGUGGUUUCCCUACCGUUAUGAUGGCGAUGUACCUAUGUGUGAUGUAUUAGCUACCGAGCCUUUUUCCCAUCUUCGUUGGGGUCGGCUUCCAGUCUAACCGAAUGCAGCUGCCACAAGAAGCGACUGCAUAUCUGACCUCCUCAACCCAGUUACUUGAGCAACCCAUACCCCUAUCUGUGUAUGUACCUAUAUGUAAUGCAAUUUAUAAAGAAAAUAUUUAUAAUUUGUCCCUUACUCACGUUAUAUGAAUGCGAAAGUUUUUGCGAAAGUCGCACUUUCAUGCUAAAAUUACUUAGGACCAAGUUCCACCACCAAUUUAAACGUCAAUUUUCUUAAAACAACUUUUUAAUCAAAGUAAAUAGUUGUGUCAUGA